AUGUCAGACCCCGAGCUUACCACUAUAGUUUGGCGACAUCCUGAAUGGAUUAUGCAGCAACCAAAUGGUCUAAACUCGAAUAAUGUUCUCGAUUAUUUUUCAGAAUCGCCUUUUUGGGAGAAACACUGUAAUAAUGCGACGUUAAAGAUGCAGACGCAGUAUAACGAUUUGAAGGAUCUGAUGUUUGAGUUAAAGAAGAUGAGGGGAAUUGAAUUCACAGUAGUUCAUGAGCGUCCUCCGUUUCUGUGGAUUAUUCGUAAGCAGAAGCGGACAAAUGAGUAUGACGCGACACCUAUCGCUACUUAUUAUGUGUACAAAGCUGAAGUUUAUCAAGCACCCGACUUAUACUCGAUACUUGCUAAUCGCGUGAUGAUAAGUCUCCGUUCAUUACAUAUAGCAUUUAAUGCGUGUCAUGAUCAAAUAGAAUUUCACCCUGCAACUGGGUACACGUGGAAAAAAGCAGCAUUAACCGAGUCGCAAGAUUCAAAUAAUAAAGAUGAAAAUAGCAUAAAAAUCAUCGAACAGGAAUCUAAAGAGGCAAUCGACUUUCGAGAAAGCGCUCGACAAUCAUUAGAAUGUGCAAAUCAAAAGAUAUUAAUGCGUCAAACCGCAGCAGUCCGUGCAUUAGAUAGUAUGGCGAAGCAGGGUGGUCAUGUUCAGUUAGAAUCUGACGAUGGGAUAGGUUCUUCACGCGCUUCGUCCUCAAAAUCAAGACAAUUUAUAUGA